GUUUUUAGGAAACGGAGGACACGUCAUAUCCGGCUAUUUUGUAACAGGAAGUAGUGUGAAGGUUGACCAUUGUGGAUGCUAAAAUGGGUGUUAAAAUAGAGAUGUUUCGGAUGGUGCUGUAUUUGUCAUUUCCCGUUACCAUGUUUUGGAUAUCAAACCAGGCUGAAUACUUUGAAGAAUAUAUAGUCAAGAGAAAGAGAGAAAUUUUUCCACCCGACGAGAAAAUGCACAGAAAAGAGUUGGAGGAAUUUAAAGAAAGAAUGCGGAACCGUAAGGAGAAACGCUUAUUGAAAGAAAUGGCUUUGGAGUCACAAAACUAAGGACAAACAACAACCUGGAAAGAGUUUUAUUUCAUUCAGAAGAAAACUGUUUUCCAUUUGGAUUUGGAUACCAUUUGGCCUGGACCCCAAGCUUUUCCGAUCAACAGACGCUUUAAUAAAAUGUAUUUUGAAUUGCAAAUUAUGUUCUUGAUAUUUUGACCGUGUUGCACUUUCGAGAAAUGCUGACAUCAUUGUCCUUCAUAAUAUCUAUUUCCAUCAGAUUCAACAAUAUUUAUUUAUUCAAGUAUGCAUAAUUGUUCUUUAAUGAUUGUUUUUGAUGCUGUCUUGAUAAAGUUCAAUGUAAUACGAUUUUUCCAUGAACGUUUUAUUUUUACAUCUUUAAGAAAUGAAAAUUAAAGGAUUCUUUUGUAAAUGUG